AUGGCGUUUUCUAGAACCUCAAAGCUUUCGACUUUCUUCCUAGUCAUCUUAUUUGUAGGGAUCACUUCAAUAGUCUCCGCAGAUUUCAACAAUGAGUUUGAUAUCACUUGGGGUGAUGGACGUGCUGAAGCUGGUUCCGUUAACUCCGCCGGCACUGUCACUGCCUACUACUUGUCUUCAAAAGGGUCGAACUGGGAUGAGAUCGACUUUGAGUUCCUGGGUAACUUGAGUGGUGAUCCCUACAUUCUCCAUACAAAUGUCUUUAGCCAAGGCAAAGGCAACAGAGAACAACAAUUCUACCUGUGGUUCGAUCCAACUGCUGAUUUCCACACCUAUUCCAUCCUUUGGAACCCUCAACGCAUUAUAUUUUCUGUUGAUGGAACACCCAUUAGGGAGUUCAAGAAUGCGGAAUCCAUUGGGGUACCAUUUCCUAAAAAUCAGCCCAUGAGAAUACACUCUAGCUUAUGGAAUGCUGACGAUUGGGCGACCAGGGGUGGGUUGGUGGAGACCGAUUGGACUCAAGCUCCUUUCACUGCUUCCUACAGAAACUUUAGGGCCGAUGCGUGUGUGGUGUCUUCUGGGAAAUCGUCAUGCGGUGGCUCUGCAUCUUCCGCUGGCAAUCAGGCAUGGCUAUCUGAGGAGUUGGACAACACAAAGCAGGAGAGGUUAAGAUGGGCGCAGAAGAAUUACAUGAUCUAUAAUUACUGCUCAGAUUCCAAAAGAUUUCCUCAAGGGUUUCCUCCAGAAUGCAAAUUGGCAUAAGGAGUAUCUUUUAUCUGCUAUUCUAUAUUACAUUGGACCUCCAUAUGUAUUUAAUUAGUUUUGGUUG